UAUGUUCUGUUCUAAUCAAAAACAAAUAAAAAUGCUGUGUUUGGAAAAGAUGCGAAGAACUGAAACAAACAAAAUAAAAUUCUAAUCUGUUUUCUAUAAAUAGUUGAACACUGAAUAUUUUUAUGUAAAAUACAGACAUGGUUAUAAGACAUGGAAGUGAUGUGGAAGACGAUCUAUCCUCGGAUGGACAAAGCUCACCUCGCAGAGAACACCACCGGAACAACGAGGAGCUGGCUCGAUUUCUGUUGGAACGUGGCUCUUUGUACCUAAAUUUGAUCUGCGCGGUAGUAAACGAUUUGGUGACUCGGUACCGCAUCAAGGAAAUAGCUGCUUCCAUCUGCGAUGGCUUAAGAAAGUAUCCCUUAUUAGCGGUGGGAAUCGCAGCCAUUCUAUUCAUCGUGACACUUCCGUUUAUGAUGUUCAUCUUCUUCACGCUUGCCACUGCAAUCAUGACCUUCACCGGAUUUGUGCUCAUCGAGGGAACGCUCAUUACGAUGGCCUCGUUGAUGCUGGUCGGGGUAUUGGUUUGCGUUUUCGUGUUGCUAACUUUCGUGGCACUAGUGUUUCUGGCCGGAUACUUUGGCAUUUCCAAAGUGUAUGAUUGUUUUGAACGGUUGAAUAGAGAGAACGUGGAUGAUCCGAAUCUCCAUUAGGGUUAGGGCGGUUAGUUUUAAGCUGGAUGUAAUUUCAAGGCAUUUCAAUAAUCUCCAUUAGGGUGGUUAGUUUUUAGGUGUGUGUAUUUAAUUUCAUUGCUAUAGUAUUCAUAGUUAACUUCCGGAAUCAAAACCCCUUCUAUAGUUUGUCCCUUUGUUAAAGAAGUACUUAAUAUUGUACACAUUAAUCUUAAGAAUAAGAAAAAAAGUAUUUCAGAUUAGCUUACGAUUUUUAAUUUGAAAUGUAAACUU